AUGGUUUUUGAAUGGGCUGAUUAUGGAAAUUUAAAAGAGUUUUAUGAUAAAUUUGUGAUUCCCUGGGCUAGAAAAAUACAAAUUAUAAAUGAAAUAUGUCGUGGUAUUUCAUUUUUACGUAUGGUAAAUAUUUUGCAUCGUGAUAUUAGAUGCGCAAACAUUUUUGUACUACGUGACCUGAGCAUAAAAAUUGGAUUUAAUCAUUUACGUUAUUCACAUGCAUUAAAACCCAGCACUUUUCCUUGGAUGGCUCCUGAACAAAUUGAAAAUUAUAAAUAUAAUUUUGAAAGCGAAAUGUUCAGUUUUGGAAUGCUUAUAUGGGAACUUUGUUAUGAAAAGGUUCCUUAUGAAGGUUGGGAUGAACCACGAAUCAAAUAUCAUGUUCUGAAGGGUAAGCGAGAAAAUGUUUAUGAAGGAAGAUUUAAAAACUCUGAAGAGAACGAAAUUCAGAUAGAAUUUAUUAAUAUUAUUAAUAAAGCAUGCCAUUAUAGUCCAAAUUCACGAAUAUCUAUUGCGGAAUUAAGCUAUAAACUUGAUGAAUUAGCUAAAAAAUAUCCACUUCUUCCUGAUGCACAACUUUUACAGAAUAAUGAACCAGAUUUUAAAGGAAAUAAUAGUCAAGUUUCUACGGAAUCUUUAUCGCUAAAAUUAGAAUUAAAAAAUCAAGUUUCUGGGGAAUUUUCGUCUCCAAAAUUUGAUCCUGAAGAAAUUAUUGAGGAAGCUGAUAUUAUAAUACCUCUUGAAGAUGGUGUAAAAUCGCAUUAUGCAAAGAAAUAUGAAGAUGCAUGGAAAUGUUUCAUACAAAAUUCUGAACUUCCUGAAGCAAUAUUCUGGCAAGGAUAUUAUUAUAUGAAUGGGUAUGUUGUGGAAAAGGAUUUAGAUCAGGCCAGAAAACUUUACAAAGAAGCUGCUGAUGAAAAUUAUAUACCAGCACAGUAUGAAUAUGCAACUAUGCUCUCUAAAAAAGAGGAUGAUGAAACUACAAAAGAUAAAAAUUUCCAAGAAAUUAUGCGUUAUUUAAAAUUAGCGGCUGAAAAUGAAAAUUUUGAUGCAAUAUAUGAUAUUAGUAAUAUUUAUUUGAAGGGAAAGUUCAAUGUGCCAAAAGAUGAAAAGCUCGGGUUGGAUUAUUUAAAAUUAGCAGCUGAAAAUAGAAAUGCUAAUGGAAUGUAUGAUAUGGGUAAUAUUUGUUUAGAAGAAAAGUUCAAUGUGCCAAAAGAUGAAAAACGCGGGGUAAAUUAUUUAAUAUUAGCGGCUGAAAAUAGAAAUGUUAAUGCAAUGUAUGAUAUGGGUAUUAUUUAUUUGGAAGGAAAGUAUAAUGUGUCAAUAUAUGGAUCUCUCGGGUUGAAUUAUUUAAAAUUAGCAGCCGAAAAAAAUAAUAAGAAGGCAAUAGAAAAAUUAGAAAU